CACGAGAAGAAGGUGCGCAUGGCCCUAGGGCAGGUGACAUCAAGGUUAGGAGGGGUCUUGUUUGUAACUAGGAAACACAGAGCUGCUGGGCAGUUGGAAAGUUGGUAAAGUUGUAGUGGAGAAUGCGCGUCCCCGAGCGCACGUGCCUGUGGAUUCUCUUGCUGUCAGCGCUGAUGCUGCGGUCCUGCGCCCGCGGCUCUCGAGCGCAUAAGCAACCCCCUGGUCUGGAGGUACUGGUGUCCAGUCAGUCUAACAGUGAGGGUCAGAAAGUGUUCACUACAGAUGGGAGGGAGUGUAAGUUUCCGUUCAGGCUGGGUGGAACUGUUUAUCAUCACUGCAUUUCAAUGAGCUCCAGCAGAAAGUGGUGCUCUCUCACACACAACUUUGACCGGGACCAGAAGUGGGGCUACUGCGGUCCACAGCCACGGCUCUUCAACAGCUUUCUGAGCUCUCACAGAGAUCGGAGCCUCUGCGAGCCAAACCCAUGUAAGAAUGGCGGUGUGUGUAGGCCGGUUCCUCAACGGCACGCAUUUGAGUGUGUGUGUCCGGAUGCCUUCAUGGGGCCAGCGUGUGAACUGAGCAAGUGCUAUGAACCACUGCACCUGAGACAUUAUGACAUCGGGGAGUCAUGGGGAAAAAUCCACCUGCGUAAUGUGGAGCUGUGCAAGUGCCUCCGCGAGGGUGUGUCCUGUGAGCGUGUACGAUACAGAGUCUGCCAAACUAAUUCCUGUGAGAAUGAGGGCAUCUGCAGAAUCAUUGAAGGCACAGGAGAAGUGUGUGCCUGCAGGGAAGAAUACAGUGGAUCACGCUGCAGUAUCAGGCCAGAGCAAAAGUGCUAUAGGGACAAUGGCGUGCUUUACCGUGGCACUGCUAACACUACAGUAUCUGGUGCCUCCUGUCUGCCCUGGAACUCUGACCUCCUUUUUGAUGAGCUAACAGUGGACACAGUCCACAGCACCACUCUAACAGGACUGGGUGAUCAUUCCUUCUGCAGGAACCCUGAUGAGGACGCGCUACCAUGGUGCUACACAAUGAGUGAUGGGGCCAUUUCAUGGGAAUAUUGUGAUGUGCCAUCUUGUCCCAGAGGUCCAUCGGGUCGUAAAGUUCCUUCUGUCCACCUGACUCCAAGCCCCUCACCCACUCCUGCGCCAGGUCCCGUUGCAGGCUGUGGGCGGAGGCAUGCAAAGCGUAUUCCUCGCGGGCGGAUUCUGGGUGGGUCAUCUGCGCUGCCAGGCUCUCACCCCUGGAUGGCAGCGCUGUACAUCGGCGAGGAGUUCUGCGCUGGCAGCCUAGUCUCAUCCUGCUGGGUCAUCUCUGCCGCUCACUGCUUCUUACGCAAUCCACUGAAGUCAACAGUGCGUGUAGUACUUGGCCAGCAUUUUUUCAAUGAUACGGGCCCCAACACUCGAACGUUUGGCAUAGAGAAGUAUGUGCACUACCACAACUACGUUCAGUUCAACCCAACUGUGCAUGAUAUUGUGCUGGUGAAGCUGAAGAAGGUGAAUGGCCGGUGUGCUCCUAAGACUCAGUUCAUUCGGCCCAUCUGUCUGCCAGACAGGUUCAUGAUGUUUCCUGACUAUACAUGCUGCACCAUAACGGGCUGGGGACACAUGCAGGAGAAGGGGAACUCGUAUUCUCACCUGAGAGAGGGAAUGGUGAAGAUCAUCCCGUAUGAGAAGUGCUCUGCUCCAGACGUGUACGGUUUGGAGGUCAGGCCGGGGAUGCUGUGUGCGGGUAGUGACACCUGUGUGGAUGCCUGCCAGGGCGACUCUGGGGGCCCGCUGGCGUGUGUGCGCGACGGUGUUAGUUUCCUAUAUGGAAUCAUCAGCUGGGGUGAUGGAUGUGGAAGAACAGGGAAACCAGGCGUCUACACCAAAGUACCUAAAUAUGUCGGCUGGAUCAACCACAUCAUACGACCCAAAAGACAGACUCAGAGCAAAGGACUUUCAUAGUACUGCCACAGGAGCUGCGCUGUCUGGACCUUGUCUGUGAAUUCUUUUUCUUUAUUUUUAAGAACUGUGAAUAAAGUAUGUACUUUAUGAUCAAAUAAAUUAUAUUAAAGCCACCACAUUUGGAGUAAAA